AUGUGCAGAGAGGCCACAGGGAGACAAGAAGGCAAAAAGUUGGCAGAAGUAAUGCAGGAGGAUGGACUAUCCCCCUUGUCUAGAAAUUUACUAACGCAACCAUUUCCAAGGAAGUGUUCGCUCCCGACGUUCACAACCCCAUUUACUGGGAUUGGGGAUGCAAUCGAGAACCUCAGAACUUACCGCAUGACGCUAAACCAGUGGGGUCAUUACGAUGUGGUGAUGUGUAGGUUCUUCCCAGCGAGUCUAAAAGACAAUGCCCUAAUGUGGUUCAAAUUUUUUCCAAAACGAUCGGUUAAGUCGUUUGCUCACCUAUCUGAGCUGUUCUUAGAAACAUACAUUCAUAACAGCAGAGUCAAACCGGAGAUCGACAUGCUGUUCCAGUUAGCUCGGGGACCAAAUGAGUCACUCAGCUCUCUGGUAAAUCGCUGGAGAAAAUUAUGUGUCGAGAUCGGAAAAGUCCCAGAGGCCUACGCGAUCUCGGGCUUCAAAAACAGUCUGAGAAAGACAUACCCAAUAUUUGUCCGCAUGUAUGAAACCAUGCCACCAUGCCUAGGAAAACUGAGAGAAAUUCAGGAGGACUACGUAGCCCUUGAGGAACUCCAAUACGGAACCUUUGACAAACUAGUCAAGGGAACCAAUAGAGGGGCCAAUGUGGUAGAACCGCAGAAUCCUCAGACGCCAGCCCAAGGAGCAGGGCGACCCAACAACGGGUCCACUCAAUUCGAUAAACAUCAAAGUGGAGGAUGGAAAGGGCAAGAUCAAGGCCCAGCAAAAUAA